AUGAAUCCAUUCGUUUCGAACGGGACCAACUACAUCGACGAAAGUUUUUUUACAUCCGCACCGGUUUACGUUAACGGACAAAAUGUACUCGUAUCGCAAGAAAAGAACCGAAAACUACUGGAUACAGUCCGAACGGCCAUCGUCGGAAAUUUCCAAUUUCCCUACAACAACAACGCCCUGAACCCACCCAGUUUAUACAACGGCAACUACAUUAGAGCGGACAAACACUUUUUCCCGCCGUCCGGAGUCCUAUUCACCUUCCCGACUACUCACAGACACUCCUUCGGAAACGCUCCCCAACCGCACUAUUUUAACGUGCAAGACCAGUCGGCCCUCGGUUGGGGCCGCGAGCCAUCGGAACUGGCCCAAACGGGCGUACAUUUCCCCGGAUUCGACUACCAACAACUAUCCCGAAAUCCCUUCUACUACGACCAGUCGGGACAUCCCGCGCACAAAUUGAGAUUCCAUCUGGACACCACUACGUCUUGUUCCGAUUUAUUGGGAGAUAAUACACCGAUACACGGAGCUCAGAUUCCGUCCGAUUUCAACAACGUUUGCGGCAUAUCGGCGAGAAAUGUGCUCAACGCGGGCCGUCAAAAUGCAUGUACCAGUCACACGUCAGCUCAACAGCCCGGUGGAAGCGAAGAGAACAAGGGGGUGAGACAUUUGAGCCUUUGCAAACCGGCAACGCCGCCUAAAUGCCACGUUGCCGACGUGCUGGACCACAAACCGGCUACUAGAUGUAACGAAUCGAAUACCGAGCAACGACAGAUGGCCGAAAAGGCCGAGCAAACGGAUUUAGACGUCGACAGAGAGGAUAAAUCCGAUGAUAGAACGAAGAAAAUGCAGAAGAAGACGAAGAAGAAGCAGCAGAAGGAGACGAAUAGAAAGCGAGGCGAUUCUUCGAGCGAAGAGGAGAGCAAAUGCCCGCCGAGUUGCCGGUACAUGCAGAAGUACACGAAACGCAGGAAUAAGGAGCACGAAACGUCGGAUUCGGAUUGUUGA